AUUUUUUAUAAACAGUCCUUUUUUCCUCCCUUUCCCCUUCUCCAAUCGCCGUUCUCUUUCGGAAACUAUUUUUGCAAAUAGAUUUCAGCUAGUUUUUUACUGCUAAAACCCAAAUACUGAAAAGAUCCAAUUUUUUGAAGUCUCAUAUCUUGACAGUAGGCAAAUACUAAUUGCAGGAGUUAUCUAAGAUGCUUUCAAGAAUUGCCAAAAUCCAGCUUGUGAGUUCGCAUCCUGAGGUUUACGAACCAUGUGAUGAUUCAUUUGCACUGGUUGAUGCAUUAUUAGCUGAUCGAACUAACUUGUUACAGCACCGUCCCUCAAUUUGUAUGGAAAUUGGUUGUGGUAGUGGGUAUGUUAUUACUUCACUUGCAGUUAUGCUCGGACUUGAAGGAUUCGUUCCAUACUAUCUUGCAACAGACAUAAAUCCCCAUGCAAUAAAGGUGACUCGUGAGACGAUGGGGGCUCAUGGUGUUUAUGCAGAGCUGGUAAACACAGAUAUUGCAUCUGGACUUGAGAAGCGAUUGGGAGGAUCGGUUGAUGUGAUGGUUGUGAACCCUCCGUAUGUUCCUACGCCUGAAGAUGAAGUUGGUUCUGAAGGUAUCGCUUCUGCAUGGGCCGGAGGGGAGAAUGGUCGAAGUGUUAUUGAUAAAAUACUGCCUGUUGCCGACAAUCUUUUGUCGGAGAGGGGCUGGUUAUAUAUGGUCACACUUACUGCUAAUAACCCCUCAGAAAUAUGUCUUGAGAUGAGAAAGAAGGGUUAUGCAUCGCGAAUCAUCCUGCAGAGAUCAACUGAAGAAGAGAGCCUCCAUAUUAUCAAAUUUUGGCGAGAUUCUGAUAGCCAGUUGGAGCUGAAGAAUUUAAGUUAUUGGACAAAACUGGUCAGGAAUUAGUGAAGGGGUUUCAUUUGGUGAUUUCAACGACUGUACGUCAGGUAACAUAUUACUGACAUAGAGGGGAAGUUCAUCAGCUGGAUGUGGUGAUUUUUUCUGGAUUGGGGUUUGUCAUCUUUAUUCAAAGGAUCCUCAUACAAGCUGACGCACAGUCUUAACUUUAUGAAGUAUCUGAUUUGAUGCUUAAAACUAUAGCUCCUCAUUCUGUACACAAUUUUGAAUAAAUUGCUUCUAUGAUCUGCACUGUUCGCAACAAUCUAGUGUAUUAAUAUCUCACAAUCAUAUAUGAAUCAGUUAAUGAAUAUGUUUGGAUGGAUAUCAUCUGGA